AUGGCAGUGAUGGCAGCGAGUGGAGCAGGAUUCACCUGCUGGCUCGACCCAUGCAUAAGUAAAACAUUGGCUCCGCCUACUACCCCACGGCUUCAGGUCACGACAGAGCACGCCCCUUCCUCUACGUCGCCCAAUCGGGAGCGAGGGGCGGGGCAAAAGACGGGGCGGUGCCGGGGGUGUGUCUGGAGGAGGGGCCACAGGUCCCCGAAGGUGGCGUUUUUAUUCUCGCGGCUGCGCCCGGCGCGGGUGAAGAGGCCCCACGGGCCGGGAUUCCGGUCUCCGGCAUCGGGGACGACUGAACCCGGCAGGAUGGAGGACGGUUCCUUGGAUCUUACCCAAAGUAUUGAAGAUGAUCCCCUUUUGGAUGCCCACCUUCUUCCACAUCACUCAUUGCACGCUCAUUUUAGAUCGAGAUUCCAGCCGCUGCCUACGGUCAUCAUAACAAAUUUUCUCUUUUUAAUACAUGUUGUGUUUGUCGUUUUAGCAUUUUUAACAGGAGUGUUUUGUUCUUACCCCAAUCCACAUGAGGACAAGUGUCCAGGAAACUACAUCAAGCCAUUGAAAGUUCAGACAGUCAUAAUCCUUGGAAAAGUGAUUUUGUGGAUUCUGCAUAUAGUCCUUGAGCGCUACAUACAGUAUCACCACAGCAAAGCCAGAAGGCGAGGCUAUCACAUGAUCUACCGCUCCACAAGGCAUCUUAAACGACUGGCACUAAUGGUGCACUCCGCAGGCAACACGGCACUCCUUCUCAUACUGUGCGUUCAGCACUCCUUUCCGGAGCCCAGUACAUUAUAUCUGGACCUCAUUUUGGCCAUCCUUGGUCUAGAACUGAUAAGCUCCCUGGCAUGUCUGCUCAUUUACACAGUGAAAAUUCAAAAGUUUAAUAAAGCUAAACCAAGGCCUGAUGUACUUGAAGAAGAAAAACUCUAUGCUUACCCCAGCAGUAUUAACUCAGAGACUGGAUUCAGGAUGAUUUCUCACCUAGAAGAAAUUGUCGAAAAGCAAGGAGACAUAAUAGUAUAUCUGAAACGACACAAUGCACUGUUGAGUAAGCGAUUAUUGACUUUCACGUCCUCUGACCUUGACUCUCAUCCAAGUAAAAUGUGAGGUGUUCAAAAUUAGCACAGCAAUUACAAGAAGAAUCCAGAGAAAUUUAAGACUGCCUACCUAAAAAGUAAUCAUAGGGAAUUGCAACUUUUUCUAAAUAACGUUUUAUAAUUUCUGUUGGAAACCUGAAGAGAAUAUCUUAUGUUUUGCACAUUUUGAAAUGACUUAGCUUCUUGACUUGCCCUAGGAUUAGAGGUAUGGUUUAAACAUCUCUAUGGCUAACACUUCUUCCUUAUGGCCGUAAGACCUAUUAGUGUGAAGUUGAUUUGGACUAUGGCAAUCUUAUAUUUUAGAAUCAUGUUUAUGGAAGAAGUCUGACAUGACAAUCUAUUUGAAAAAAUUUCGAUCAAUUCGGUUCUUCCCAUUUUUAAAUUGAUGAGACAAGUCAUUAUCCCAUCUGAUUAAUGUUUGUGUUUUUCCUCAUAAAGCUUUCUCUCAUGUAUUUUAGGUUAUUAGAUGACAGGUUGGUCCUGGUAGUUUUUGUUGAGAAUGUUCGCAGUGAAGGACUUGGGGAUCUCAUGAGGUGAUUUACUAUGUAAACUCCUACAGUUUUGCUUUCUCCAGAAAUAAAGCAUAACAAUUACAUGGA